AAGAUGAACGGUUGUCAUUAUUCUAGUUACGCGUGUCAUAAAUCUACCUCCUACAUUUUCAUAUUUUAGGACCUUCUAACUUUUACUCUGCACAUUUCUCUCUCCUCCACCUUCUAGAUUUCUCUCCUCCAUUGAAGAAGCUUCAAAGGUUGUAAGUCAAUAAUGAUGGAUGGGUUAGGUUAUCCGUCAGUAUAUAAGAAGAUACAAGGGAAGUCUAACUUCAUGUCUCAGUUUGCACCCAGUUUGCACCAAAGGAACUGUAGAGCUCACAAUUUUAGCAGUCCUUAUGUAAAUGGUUGCUUACGGAAUCCCGUGUUGUACUCAUACCAGGGUACUGGCCUGACAAACGUACCUCCACUAUCCUCUCCUAUUUUUGUGCCUGCAGUGGCUGAGAAAGCAGAGAAAAACUUCGUGGUUGAUUUUCUUAUGGGAGGGGUUUCUGCAGCCGUUUCUAAGACUGCAGCUGCACCCAUUGAACGAAUUAAGCUCUUGGUUCAGAAUCAAGAUGAGAUGCUUAAAACUGGCCGAUUGUCUGAACCAUACAAGGGUAUAUCCGACUGUUUUGCAAGAACCAUUAAAGAUGAAGGCAUGAUCUCUCUUUGGAGAGGAAACACAGCUAAUGUUAUCAGAUACUUUCCUACCCAGGCCCUGAACUUUGCUUUCAAGGAUUACUUUAAGAGGAUGUUUAAUUUCAAGAAAGACAAGGAUGGAUACUGGAAAUGGUUUGCGGGAAACUUGGCAUCUGGUGGCUUAGCUGGUGCUACAUCACUUUUCUUUGUGUAUUCUUUGGAUUAUGCUAGGACUCGGUUGGCUAAUGAUGCUAAGAUUGCGAAGAAAGGCGGUGGUGAUAGGCAAUUCAAUGGUAUGAUUGAUGUUUAUAAGAAAACACUCAAAACAGAUGGUAUAGCUGGGCUAUACCGUGGUUUCACUAUCUCGUGUGUUGGAAUCAUUGUUUACCGUGGAUUAUACUUUGGAAUGUAUGAUUCACUUAAACCUGUGGUGUUGGUUGAUGGACUACAGGAUAGCUUUGUUGCCAGUUUUUUGCUGGGUUGGGGUAUCACUAUUGGUGCUGGCUUAGCUUCCUACCCUAUAGACACUGUGCGUAGAAGAAUGAUGAUGACCUCUGGAGAAGCAGUUAAAUACAAGAGUUCUAUUGAUGCAUUUCAACAGAUCAUGAAGAAGGAAGGCACAAAAUCUCUCUUCAAGGGGGCUGGUGCCAACAUUUUGCGUGCUGUUGCAGGUGCUGGUGUGCUUGCUGGUUAUGACAAGCUACAGUUAGUUCUCCUAGGCAAGAAAUAUGGUUCUGGUGGCGGUUAAGUUCCUAUGAUGACGAUCAAUAUUAAAAGAACACUGGUGUCUUCUGGGCAUUAUUUAAGCGUAUAAUAUUAGAAUAAUUUUGAUAGAACCAACAUAUCCAUUUAUGCUUCCUCGUACUAGUGGUUGUUUAUCUUCACAGGACUGUCUUUCUGAAUUUUGAAGUGUUGUCAUUUAUGCUCAAGUUCAGGUUUGCAUUUUACUUUUGGAUGUCUUGUGCCAUGAAUAUGAAAUAAUUGAAUAGACAAUGUAUUUUGUUGGAAUUGUUAAAUUUGGAGAGCUGCUGCCUUAGCCGUUUUUAGUACCA